UGACAUGAAACAGCCUAAGAUUUCGCAUUUAAUCAGCAGUAAGUUGUAACUUCAUUCAUUUGCUUAAGCUGUGAUGUUUCACUUGAACAGGAGCUGAAAGCAAUAUCUCAUAUUGUUCAUAUCAUUGUUGAAGAUAACUUAAGAGAAGAACUGUUGCUUGUUCAGAGAGAAACUUAUAGUGUUACAGCUGCUUACACUUGCAGUGAAUCAUUCAUUAUCAGAGAAUAUUUAUAUCUGUCUCUGUUGCUAUGAAGUGAAGAUGAUUCAAGUUUCUUGCUAUCUCUAUCUCUAUCUAUAGACUAUACAAGAUAUGUGUGAAUGUUGAACUAGAUUUUAUCUGUCUGUUUAUCUGUUGCCUCGGCCUGUGAUGGAAAAAAAAAACCUAUUCCUUCGAUGAUCAGUGGGAACGCCGCGUGCAUUCUUCAUGGGUGGUCAAUUUGGUCAAUGACCUGGUGACUCUGCAGAAAAAGAACAGAAACCACCAUCAGAUCCCCCUGUGACAAAUGCUUCAGCAGGAAACUACCUCAGAGGACAUGUAUCCAACAAACAAACCCCUUCCCCUCACCACAACUCACUACUGGCCAUGAGAUGAAACAUCCAAACGUGGUGGGAGCCUGAAGGCACUGUAAUAACAUAACACCCCAUCAAUCAGCUUUCACUCUCAGGCUCUUGGAUGACUUCAUGUAGCAGCGGAGACAUGUCUUUCGCCCUCCUUAUUAUUAAUAACAUGACUGUUUCGAAAACUGUGCCGCCGCCAUUCAUCCGUAUCGUCACUCUCAAUUUUGACGUGCAGGAGAUUUCCCAUGGCCGUGCUGGGAUAGGCAGGGUGGUGUGGAUCGUAGAUCUGCCACCGUGGAAAAUCCGUUUUGAUCGGGUGUCAGUGCGAUGGACGUGGUUCGAGGUGGUUCGAGACGAUAGGGCCAAGCGACGACAGCUCCUACGACGGUGGACAGCGGAAGGGUUUGCGAUAGAUACCUGCGACAUUUUAUCUUUUGCAAAACUUGUAACAUGUACAUGUGGAAGUCACCCUAGCAUGCAUGCACAGGAAGACCAGAGCGCGCCUUGUCUUUGAUCUGGAGAGAAUUGAUGCCAGGUCUGCUGCUGGAUAUUCUGUUUGAAGUUCUGGUCCUGGCACGGAAUUCUCAGCAUGGCCUCUUGGUUUCUAAUUGUGCCGCAUUGUAAUGCUUGAGGGAGAGGAUUGAUGUGCGCAGUAUUGCGUAUAUAGUAUGAAGAUAUCGAUGAACCGGUUGGGCGGAAACCCAGGAUUGAAAUGAGGGUGGUGCGCUGGGCCGAAACAAAUGCUUAUCUCUCUUUUAACUUAUUUAGCUCCAAGUGUACAUUUAUUCCCAGA